AUGGUCGUAUGGAUUCACGCCAGCAGAGUUGGGCACAGCGACACGAGCGGCGACUUGACGGUCAGCUCCUCUCCCUUCGACUGUGCUGCAGGAGCUUCCAACUGGCAAAACGGGUGGAGCGAUGCAAAAAAAGACUGGUGUUGUAAAAAUGCAGACAGAGGCUGUGCGAAGUCUACCACCAGCGCUCCUUACGACUGCAAUGCAGCCUGGAAUAAUUGGCAAUUCGCUUGGUCGGAGCCGAAGAAAACUUGGUGCUGCGAUACCUUCGAGAUGGGCUGUGUGUCCAGAGACGAGAAACUUGGGGCCUACGAUUGUAGUGGCACCUUAAUCGAUACGUGGUCUACGCAAAAGCGAAUGUUUUGUUGUCAGACCAAUAGUGUUGGUUGCAUAGCAGCCGGUUCAGUUCACUAUGACUGCCAGGCUGGCUUCACCAACUGGAAAAAGGGUUGGUCGCCAGACAAAAAGGCCUGGUGUUGCCAUCAUGCGAAGGCCGCCUGUCCAGAACUACCACCUUUCGGCUGCAAUUCGCAGUACGAGCACUGGCAGAAUGCCUGGUCGGUCCUCAAGCAGCAGUUCUGUUGCAAGGAGCAUGAAAGAGCUUGCCCAACCACGGUCCUCACCACCUCUGAACCAUUUAAUUGUGCUGCAGGGUUUGCCAACUGGAUCCAUGGCUGGUCAAGACUGAAGAAGGAGUGGUGUUGUGCUCAUCGGUCGAUGGGUUGCCAGAAAACUACAAUUGUGCCGUUCGAUUGCAGUGUAGGCUUCGACAACUGGCGACUCGGAUGGUCCAUUUUGAAGCAACAGUGGUGCUGUAAACAUGAGACACGUGGGUGCGUUGCCACAACAACUGUACAGCCGCUACCUUUUGAUUGCUUUCAUGGUGAGCCACAUAUCUGGCCUGGAGCAAAGCAGAGCUUCUGUUGUUCGCACUUUGACCUGGGCUGUCAUCACAAAAAGUCAGAGCUAUUUGACUGCUACUCUGGAUAUUUCAAUUGGCAUGAGCUUUGGAGUCACCGGCAGAAGUCCUAUUGCUGCCGCUAUCAUCACCGGGGUUGUGUUCCUCAGAGCACGCCAGCACCCUAUGAUUGCGACGCAGGCUUCGCGCGUUGGGAGAAAGGCUGGUCAGAGGACAAGAAGCACUGGUGCUGUUUGGAGGUGAAUCGAGGGUGUGAUCCAUUCGACUGCCAGGAGGAUGCAGAUUCGUGGCAGCGGCAGUGGUCAGCAGCGAAAAAAGCGUGGUGUUGCGAGCACUCCAUUCGGGGCUGUGAACCAACUACUUCAAAGCCCAUGUUUGACUGCGAUGCAGGCUACGAAAACUGGGAGAAGGGCUGGUCUCCGCAGAAACGCUCCUGGUGCUGCAACUCCUUCAACAGGGCUUGCGAAGAAUAUGACUGCAGCAUGGACUUCAAGACCUGGAAGACUUCUUGGACGGAGGUGAAGAAGAGCUGGUGUUGUGACCAUGCGAGAGUCGGAUGCCCUGCGACGACUACUCCGCCGCUGCACGACUGCGAUCUGAACUUUCAGCAUUGGGAGCUUGGCUGGACGGAUGAGAAGAAGCACUUCUGUUGCGGUGCGACUGGACGUGCCUGUGAUCCUUUCGACUGCUCAGAAGGGCUAGAGCAGUGGCAAACAGUGUGGGGCUUGGCGAAAAGAGCUUGGUGUUGCGAGCGCAUCCAAGUUGGUUGUCCAGCCACCACAGUGAAGCCAUACCAUUGUGAUGACGGGCGCAAUGCUGGAACUUGGGAAGCACCCAAGCGGUCCUGGUGCUGCCACCAUGAGCGUCUGGGAUGUCCUGAAGACAUCUUCGACUGCCACGCAGGUCUGAAAGACUGGCGCCAUGGAUGGUCCAAGGCAAAGAAAGAGUGGUGCUGUGAAACUCUCCACCGCGGUUGUGAGUGA